UUUUUAAUGGAUACUGGUUUAUUUAACAGAAUAUAGUGUAAUGCAGUAGAAGUCCUGUAGAUGGCAGUAAUGCAACUAAUUGGAUGCAAGCUGCCGUUAAAAUUCGAAGAAGAAGAAGAAGAAGAAGAAGCUCGGUAGGUUCCACUGUUUGUCCCUCGGCUGAGCACUGGGGUCUACCGACCAUCAGGGAGUUGUACAGCCAUUUCAAUUUGCUCACCGACAUCAACAUUCUGGGAAAAAUGGAACAGGCUAUGGAAGAAAAGGGGAAGCUGAUCCUUAGGUUCUUCCAGCACAGACCAGCAGGUACCAGUGCAGAUGAGGUUGAGCGCAUCCUGGUCAAGUACAGCAAAGAAGAAAAGUGUGAUCCAUGCCCAUGUGUGAUUCUGCUGCUGAUGGCCCACUUCAAAGAAAAAUCUGAGGGGCUCAUUUUACAGAUCGAUGUGUUCUCAACAGCAGUUGAUGUUGAGAGAACAAUACUGCUUCCUGCGUCUCCAAGACUCAUCGUCUUAGGUGAUGUCUUCACAGCAACAAAUUGGAUGCUGAGCGUUGAGGGCCAUGUGGUUGUGGGUCCACACCAGAACAUUGUGGCUGGAUUGGCCGCGUUAUUCGCAUGCUACUAUGCGUUCAAUUUGGUGUAUCAAGAGGAGGCGUUGAACACACUGGAAUUCAUUCAAAGAUGCUUCCUAGGGAUCAACCUAGCCUCUGGCACAAAUGCCACAAAGUGGUUCAGUCCAAGAAGUGGGAAGGUGCAAGAGAAGAGGAACAGCAAUGUCAGCCUUCAUGUCUCUGCACUCCUAAGAAGGUUAAUGGACUUUGAAUGGCUUUGAGCCCGUUGCAAAAGAAACAACAAUGGCACACUGUUUUGUUUAAAAAAAAAACAAAAAAAACAAUGGUUCCAAAAUGUGGUUAUUUUUUUACACAUUUGACUUUGUUGCUGCAAAUUACAGAAUUAGAAAUUACAUUAGUUAAUUCAAAGUUACACUGUAUGGCUGCAAGUCUUGUGCCGUCUGGUGUAUGUUUAUGUUAGUUUGUUCAUGUCUGUGUGUUUUGAAAAUA